AUGAAGAAUUACCUCCCUCCUGGACACGGGCAAUAUUCCAACCUCGAUUUGCAUCAUGAAAAACCGAUAUCUGGCAUGACUCCCACCAUCAAUUAUCCUUUCAGCGGUGACACCUUAGGUCCAGACUCUAUAGCACGCAUUAUCGCACAACUCCCUCCCCAAGCUGUGCAGCAGCUUUUUGUAUCACAGUACUUCGACGCUGUCGAAAAGGUUUAUCACCUCCUUGACAAAGACGCCUUUCAGAGCGAGCUACAGCAAUUCUGGGAAGACCCUUCUUCCAAAGAAGAUGACUGGCUCGCACAGUAUUUCGUCAUUUUAUGCCUGGGGUGCCAGGCAGUGAACUACUGCGCCGAAGAGAGUGGCAAAGAAGCAUAUCACGGCUUACCGCCGAGUUUUCUACGCAGUGCGGAGAUUUGUCUGAAGAGAACACCGUAUCUUCUCAUGGCUAGUCUGGACAACAUUAGAACAUUGGUGCUAAUAGUCAUGUCUAAGCAAAUGUAUGCCAUGUCUUGCCACGAGGCAGACACUUGCUGGCCACUCACCGGACUAAUUGUACGGCUAUCCAUCCGAGUAGGACUACACCGUGUGGCGUCCCAGCCAUACGAGCAGCUAUCAGACGAGGACCGGAUAAAAGCAAGAAUAUGGGCCGUGGUGCUCAUGCUGGAAAUGCGGCAGAGCCUCGUCUGCGGGAUGCCUUUGCUCUUACGGCCCGUUGAUAUCAGUGGUACGGAAGUCAAGCGGGAUGCAUGCACCGGAAGCCCAAUUCCGGAAAUAGAUGUCGAGCCGACUCCGGUCAAGCCCAGUGAAAAUUCGAUCCUGGUCAAAGUCUUUGCCAGUUCGAGCGAUCUUUUAUUCAGGGCCAUUGAGCUCGCCACCUGUCCAAACGAUUCGGUCCAGUACAGCGAAGUAGCAGAGGUCGACUCCUCGAUGCGCCAACACCUUUAUCAGUCUGGCAUCGGCCUCUACAACAGCCACUUGGGUAUAGACAGCACCGAAGAAGUCGACCUAGAAGUAUGCAUGAUCCAGAUAUUCUUCCGCCAGAUACUGAUGGCCCUCCACGGCCGCUUCGCUCUGCAGCCCAACGCAUCAACCGAGUACCCCGUGUCAUAUGUCUCGUCAUUAGAAAGUGCCCUGGCGGUUAUUGCCUUUCAGAGGGAUUUGUGCGAAGGCGAUAAAUGGGUGCAGCUCUGUGCCUGGUUUGCCGGAUUCUUCAGACACGAAUUCUUCACGGCCGCCAUGACGGUGUGCUCUCAACUGGUGCGCGACUUGGAGGUUACGAAUAUGCCGUCGCAUGCGAACUUUUGCGAAACACAACCGCAGGAGCUUAUGCUUGAUGCUUUGCAGUCUUGUAGGGAUAUGUGGGGGAAGGAGAAGAAUUGGUCGGUUUGUAAUGCGAAUGCGUUUGCGUUGGUGGACAAUUUAGUUCGGAUACUGCGUCAGGCGCAGGAGCAGGACUCUACGACUACGUAG